CGUUUGGUGAUUCUUGGACAUGAACGACUCGGACGAGCGGGCAUAGACGCGUCCAGUCGAGCUUGCUAACGGCGGGGGAGUUGUUUUUGUCCCACCAACAUCGCUGGCUCCCAUCCAUGGUCAAGCAGCCUUCGUUCACGGCUAUCAGAGUCGUGGUCAGCAUCGUCCACCCGAUAGCGAUUCUCUGUAGUGCGUUCCGGCUCUUGUACCGAUGGCGGCGGCGGCGGUUUUGGUGGGACGACGGCGUCGCUGGCUUCUCGAUGCUCUUUGACAUCGUUUUCUUCGUCGUCAUAUGGAUCCGGACGUAUGCCUACCGACAACCACCUCAUACCCGGAUAGUCACCUACUGGAUCGUGUCCAUGGCGUUCACCUUCGUGCUCUGGUCCGCCCGCCUGAGCAUGCUCCUCUCCAUCAUCCGCAUCAUCCCGCCGCCUCUCGUUCUCCGCCGGCUGGCGUACGGCGCCGCGGCGCUGUUCGUCUGCAUCUGGAUCGCGCUCGUCUCGCAGAAGGCGUACAAGUGCGGGAAGGCAGAGCGCGGGUGGAUGGAGGUCAAGCCGUGGACGCAGUGUCGCCUGGGGCGGAACGUCGCCGUCACGGAGCUCGUCACUGAUUUCGUCGGGGACGCGGUCCUGGUGUACCUCCCCGUCCAGCUGUUGUGGCAUGCGCGGAAGUUACCAUCGAAUCACCGCACCCUCCUCCUAGUCGUGUUCUCCGGGAGCAUGGUGACGACGCUCGUGAGCAUCCCACACGCAGUGAUUGUCAUGGGCCCCGAAGGCCAGCUGGAGGGUAUCACGGCGCACAUCGAGGCUGGCAUAUCGCUCAUCGUCGCGAACCUCCUCGUCCUGAUGACGUUACUGUAUCGCGUCCUCCCCUCUGCGCGGCGGCUCGACGACGACUCCGACGACGCGCUCCCCGACACCCGCCCAGACGUCUCUGUGCGCGCGACGCGCGCCUCGCAGUGGGUCACGCGCGAGUCUGGCGUCCCGGACAGCUUCGAUUUGAAGUUCCUAUCCACCACCGCUGGGGGGCGCUCGAGUACGGGUACGCGGGGGGUCGCGAUGAGCAGCAGGGAUCAUAGAAGGUUCGGCGAGGUCCUGGAGGAGGAGGGGUCCGUCAAGUCUACGGAUCCCGGCUGAGGUUGUGAGGAGUUUUUUUUCGGUUCAUGAUGCGAUGCGUUUAUGAGAUGUUUGCUUGUCUGUAUACCAACUGCCCCCGCUCCUUUAAUCCCGAUACUUCCUCAUCCCGCAAGAGCCUAUCUAUUACUAUCUAUCCUCAUGUCGCUGUACUGUAGCAAGCCGGUUGUAAUGCCCUAAUUCCGUUUUCAUUCGGACUACUCGGGGUUCAUGCCCGUUGUAGCGCAUGCAUACGUCGACGUUCUG